UCUCAGGAGCGCACUGCCUCCGUCAGAGCCAGAAGUCUAUCCGCAGAGCUCCGCCAUCCGAAGUUUCUCACUGCCUUUGCUUGGGAAUUUUAUCUCGGAGAUAAACAGGAGUGGGAAUAUCGUAUAAAGGAGCGUUGCUUUAGUAAGCCAGACGUUUCAAUUGUGCGUCCUUUUUGCAGUAGUAGAACAUCAGCAUUGGGAAAUGCGCCUGUCCACACGAAACCUCCACAAGUAAACGGUUCGGACGGAAACCUGGGGUUAGGUUAGCCUGCUGAGAGGAAUAGAAAACUUUUACCUCUUUAUAUGAGGCUUUGGAUUAUUUAGACGGAAAAAAGGAUCAUGGUCCGACAAACGCUGGAUACAAUUUGGGAUUUUUAAGGUCACAGAACGUUUAGAGCAGCAUCGGUAUUUUAGGAGGACUAAGCAGAACACAGUCAUUUGGAGGGAACAUAUGACAGCACGAACGGCACCCUUUAACGCACGCGGACUCUCUAACAGAAACAGAAACAUGUAUAUCUAUAUCUACGGCUUUCUGCUCUUUUUAGAUGAGCUUGUGUUGUCCAUGUCGGGCACUUCCUCUCUCUCUGAGUCUGGGCACCAAGACUCAAUGGACUGUUUAAGAGCCACCGAGAAUUGUAACCAGGACCAAAAGUGCAGCCAUCGCUUCAGGAUCAUGAGGCAGUGUCUGGCAGGCAAGGACAGGAACACCAUGUUGACCAAUAAGGAUUGCCAUGUAGCCCAGGAAGUGUUGAAGGAGAUGGCUCUGUUCGACUGCCGCUGUAAGAGGGGAAUGAAGAAAGAAAUGCAGUGUCUGCAGAGUUACUGGAGCAUCAACAAAGGCCAGACUGAAGGUGAGGACUUCUAUGAGCCAUCUCCUUACGAACCCAUGAUGCCUCACCGACAUUCAGAUGCAUUUCGCCUGGCAUCAAUCAUCUCAGGCAUACAGUCUGGUACAAGUAAAGGCCAGCCACACUGCUCAGAUCCCAGCCGCCCAUGCAACCCCUGUCUGGACGCCACCAAAGCCUGCAACCUGAAUGAAAACUGCAAGCGUCAGCGCUCCAACUACAUUUCCACCUGUACUCGUGCGCAGACACAGGGCCAGCAACCCUCACAACCUCAGUCGCAGGACAGCUGCAACAGAAAGCGCUGCCAUAAGGCCUUGCGUCUGUUCUUUGAGCGUGUUGACACACAAUACAGCUACGGGUUGCUCUUCUGCUCCUGUAAGGACCAGGCCUGCGCUGAGAGGAGGAGACAGACCAUUGUACCCUCCUGCUCCUAUCAGGACAAGACCAAACCCAACUGUCUUCAGCUGCGUAACACCUGCCGUCUGGAUGUGCACUGCAGGUCACGACUGGCUGAUUUCCACACAAACUGUCAGAUGACCCCUCACUCCAUCAGCGGCUGCCUUAACGAUGACUAUCAGGCCUGCCUUACAUCUUACACCAGACUCAUUGGUACAGAUAUGACUCCUAACUACAUGGACUCGGGUCACUCAAACUUCUCCAUCUCCCCCUGGUGUACCUGCAGAGGCAGCGGGAAUCAGGAGGAGGAGUGUGAGAAAUUUCUACAGGACUUCAGAGAAAACAACUGUCUCCGAAAUGCUAUCCAGGCCUUUGGCUAUGGGUCGUUACCCAAGCCUGAUCCUCAGCCUACUACAGGCUCAGUGAAACCUGAUCUUGAGCUCACUGCCAGCAUCCCUAAAACUACUAUGGAACUGGAGGAGCCCUGCAUCAUAUCAUCCUGUGCUAAUUUAAAUGAACUUGAUUGCUAUCCAUCAAAAGACUACAUCUGCGGAAGUGAGGUUCCUGGCAGUCCACCUAACACAAGAGUAGAGUACCCCAGAAAUUCAAGUCCAGGCACAAAAGCUCUAACUGAUGUUUUGAUUCUCGGUCUACUGUUUGCUCUUGGAAACCUCGCUAUAUAGAUCUACCUGAGCUUCAUAAGCCAGCGCAGUGAGGAAAAGGCUGAUGGAAACCCCCUCAUGAUCAUCUUCAGACCAAACUAAUGCCUCUCUCCUCUACUGCAGCUUUCUUUCUUUCUUUCAAAUAAACACCAAACAGAAAGAACACAGAGACUCAUAUUGAAAAGACUGCUGCAUCCUUGCCAUGGCCGAAAGAGAACGUUGCAUACCAAAUGAGCAAAC